UGGUCCAACUUUGCCAGGACACAGAUCCAUAAAGUUCAGCUCUGCACACUGACCAGCUCAGAGGAGGAGACAGACCAGCAGUACCUCACGUCCUGCCGUUUUCUACUCUGGACCCACAACUCCAUAAUGGCAACUUCAUAAUGGUGGUGUGUGAGGCUAUGGCAUACACGAGAGCCUGUCUCCUGCUACUCUGGCUUGGGGUAUUUCUGACCCUUUCUGGCCUUUCCCAUUCUGGAGCCUCCCAACACCUCAGCUCCCCAGAAGUGGUCAUUCCCUGGAAGGUGACCAACAUGGGCAGAGGCAUGAAAGCUCCAGGCUGGCUCUCCUAUAGCCUGUGGUUUGGGGGCCAGAGACACAUUGUCCACAUGAGGGUGAAAAAGCUCUUAGUUUCACGAAACCUCCCAGUGUUCACCUACACAGAGCAGCUCACCCUCCUUGAGUAUCAGCCCUUUGUCCAGAAUGACUGCUACUAUCAUGGUUAUGUGGAAGGGAUCCCUGGAUCCCUGGUUUCCCUCAGUAACUGUUCUGGGGGCUUUCGAGGAAUGCUGCAGAUAAAUGACCUCACUUAUGAAAUCGAGCCCAUAAGGCACUCUACCACAUUUGAACACCUGGUUUAUAUGAUAAACAUUAAUGAGACACAAUUCCCUCCCAGGAGAUGUGGCUUAACAGAAGAGGAAACAGCACACCAACAGUUGGAAUUUCAAGAAGCUGAGAACUCAACUCUGAAAAAGAAUUAUAUUAAUGGCUGGUGGACACACUCCUGGUUUCUGGAACUGGCUGUGGUAGUAGACCAUGGUUUCUUCAUUUACUCCCAAAGCAACUUGUCAAAGGUGCAGGAGGAUGUGUUUCUUGUUGUCAGUAUGGUUGAUUCCAUUUAUCAGCAGUUGAGUACUUUUGUGAUUUUGAUUGGGAUUGAGAUUUGGAAUCAAGGAAAUGUUUUUCCAAUAACAAGCAUAGAACAAGUUCUGGAAGAUUUCUCUCACUGGAAACAAAUCAGCCUUUCUCGGCUGCAGCAUGAUGCUGCACAUCUUUUCAUAAAAAAUUCGUUUAUAGAUGUACUUGGUAUAGCUUAUGUUGCAGGAAUAUGUCAUCCUCCCAUUAAUUGUGGAGUUAAUAGUUACCAAGGAGAUACAUGGUCUCUCUUUGCCCUCACUGUGGCCCAUGAAUUAGGUCAUACUUUGGGUAUGAGGCAUGAUGAGAAGUUCUGCUUGUGUGCAGACAGCUACUGCAUCAUGAAUGCUGUAAGAAUGGCAGCAGAGAGAUUCACCAAUUGCAGUUAUUCUGAAUUUAGGAAAACCACUUUAAACCAGGGAUCAUGUCUACACAAUCCUCCAAAACCAGGGGAAUUCUUUAUGCUGAAGCGUUGUGGGAAUGGUGUGGUUGAAGAAGAAGAGGAGUGUGACUGUGGAUCGAUACAGCAGUGUGCAGAAGAUCCCUGUUGUCUGUCAAACUGCACUCUGAGUCCUGGGUCUGCUUGUGCUUUUGGGCUUUGCUGCAAAGACUGCAAGUUCAUGCGAUCAGGGGAACUCUGUAGACAACAGGUCAAUGAAUGUGACCUUCCUGAAUGGUGCAAUGGAACAUCUCAUCAAUGCCCAGAAGAUGGAUAUGUGCAGGAUGGGAUCCCCUGUGGUAACAGUGCCUAUUGCUAUCAAAAGAGGUGUAAUAACCCUGAUGAACAAUGUAGAGAGAUUUUUGGCAAAAGUGCAAAAAGUGGAUCUCAAAGUUGCUACAAAGAAAUCAACUCCCAGGGAAACCAUUUUGGCCAUUGUGGUGUAAAAGGCAUGACAUACUUGAAAUGUAAUAACUCUAAUAUUUUUUGUGGGAGAAUUCAGUGUGAAAACGUGGGAGAAAUUCCACAUCUGCAAGAGCCUUUUGCAUUACAGCACACUCAUAUCAAUGGUGUCACUUGCUGGGGUAUCAACUUUCAUUUAGGGUAUCAUUAUCAUAUCAACAUACCUGAUGUUGGUGAUGUGAAAGAUGGCACAGUAUGUGGUCCAGGAAAGAUUUGCAUACACAAGAAGUGUGUUAGUGUGUCUCUUUUGUCACAAGGCUGCCUGCCUGAGACCUGCAAUAUGAAAGGGGUUUGCAAUAAUAAGCAUCAUUGCCACUGUGGCUAUGGGUGGUCCCCACCCUACUGCCUACACAGAGGCUAUGGAGGUAGUAUUGAUAGCGGACCAGCAUCUGCAACAAGAAGUAUUUUCUUGCCACUAAUUAUAAUUAUUUUGUCUGUUUUGUUUUUACUGUUGGCUGUUGGGCUUUAUAAGGAUUUUCGAAAACAUUCCCAUCCCAAGGAGACUAAGGCUCACACUUCAGGUUAAGAAACUGUCCCUAAUUUAAUGUUCUAUGCAUUAUUAAGCUGCAGUUGCUUGGCAGUAGAUAUGUUAACACAUGCCUGGGGAGAUGGUUUAUAGAAAAACACAGGGAUCUUCCUUUCUGUUAUUAUCAGAAGCAUUGCCAUUAUGUAAAGGGAAUUCUUAAUGUCUUCCUAUUUACUGUUCAUUGUUUUAAGCAGCAAAUAAAGCUCCAUUUUCUCCCCUGAGUUAGUCUUUUUUGUGUUUCUUGAGCACAGAUAUAGCUCAUGGGAAAGACAGGAGACAGACAUUAGUGGACCCAAAGGUAAGUCUUGCCUCUACUGCCAUUUACUAGUUUGGGAAAAGUACCUAAAUUUUAUGACAUUCUGCUUCAAAAUCUGAAAGGGAGGAUGAUAAUAAUAGUUCCCCCACUCAACUCCUGUGGUUUAUUUUAUAUCCAAAAGAGAGAAAGAAAGAAAUUCUUGUAAAGUGUA